GGAUUCUGGGAAGGCGAAAAGGAAACGUGUUCUGAGCCGAUCCCGGAAGGGCGCUUCAGACGCCGUUCUCGUUGCAAGGCUCCGGAGCUCUGCAGAAAUGGAUGCCGAAGCAGUUACAAAAUACUCAAAACUGCAUGCUAAACCUCUGGGGUUUUUCCUCCAAUAUGGAACGGCUGGAUUCCGUUGCAAAGCAGGAAACCUCAACCAUGUCAUGUUUCGUAUGGGACUUCUAGCUGUCCUGAGGUCGAAGAAGACCAAAUCCACUAUUGGUGUGAUGGUUACAGCUUCUCAUAACCCUGAAGAAGACAAUGGCGUGAAGCUGAUUGAUCCUUCUGGGGAGAUGUUGGCCCCUACCUGGGAAGAUCAUGCCACGUUCUUGGCAAAUGCAGAGGAACCUCAGUUACAUUGUGUCCUGACUGAGAUCUGCCAGAAGGAGGCGGUAGACCUUCAGAACAAGGCCUUCGUUGUGAUUGGUAGGGACACCCGGCCAAGCAGCAAGGAGCUUUCACAAUCAGCCAUUGAUGGGGUAUCUGUCCUUGGAGGUCAAUAUCAGGAUUAUGGUUUAGUAACAACCCCACAGUUACACUAUAUGGUCCGUUGUCACAACACCCAAGGCAGCUAUGGAACACCAACAGUGGAAGGCUAUUAUCAAAAGCUCUCCAAGGCUUUUCUGGAACUUACAAUGCAGGCUGCUUCCCAGAAAGAUGGCCAUAGGGGACUGAAGAUCGAUUGUGCGAAUGGCAUAGGAGCCCUAAAACUCAAAGAAAUGGAACCAUACCUUUCAGAGAGCCUGGCAAUAGAGUUGGCCAACGAUGGAAGGGAAGGGAAGCUCAACCACAUGUGUGGCGCUGAUUUUGUCAAAGUUCAUCAGAAGCCUCCUGUAGGAUUACAAAUGAAUCCCGGGGAGAGGUGCUGCUCGUUGGAUGGUGAUGCUGACCGAAUUGUUUACUACUAUGUAGACACUGCUGGCCAUUUCCAUCUUCUGGAUGGAGAUAAAAUAGCAACUCUAAUCAGCACUUUUCUUAAAGAACUUCUGAUGAAGGCUGGACAAACCUUAUCUUUUGCAGUAAUACAAACAGCGUAUGCCAAUGGGAGCUCUACCGGUUAUCUGGAACAAACCAUGAAGGUCCCUGUUCACUGUGCCAAAACGGGAGUGAAACAUUUGCAUCACAAGGCCCAGGAAUUUGACAUUGGAAUUUAUUUUGAAGCAAACGGUCAUGGCACAGUAUUGUUUAGUAAAGCCGCAGAGGAUAAGAUAAGAUUCCAGGCAAAAGAAGAAAAAGAUAACCAAAAAAGAGAAGCUGCAAAGAUGCUCGAAAACACAAUUGAUCUGAUAAAUCAGACAGUUGGUGAUAGUCUCUCCGACAUGCUUGUGAUCGAGGCCAUCUUGAUGUUGAAGAACCUCACAAUUGCACAGUGGGAUGCUCUGUACACAGAUCUCCCAAACCGACAACUCAAAGUGAAGGUUGCUGAUAGGCGGGUCAUCAGCACGACAGAUGCUGAAAGAAGAGCAAUUGCACCUCCAGGGCUGCAAGAAAAAAUCGACCAUCUGACUCAGCAGUUUAAAUUGGCUCGGGCAUUUGUUCGUCCAUCUGGAACAGAAGACAUAGUCAGAGUCUACGCCGAAGCUGACUCCCAGGAGAACGCAGAUAAACUCGCCCAUGAGGUCUGCUUGGCUGUCUACCAUUUAGCUGGCGGAUUUGGAGACCCACCCAAGUCUGUUUGAUGAAGCGUCAUACUUGGAUCUGAAUCAUGAAAUUUUGUCAUAUAAAACCUUUACUAGCCGAGAAAUACUCAACAUUUAUUAUUGUAAAAAAAAAAAAAAAAAAAA